UUCUUUCGGUCUUUAAAAAGGUUUGCCAACAGCUUCUUUGUUUUUUGAGUUCUUUUUUUGUGUCGUUAACGUUUACAAUGCAAGUUUUCAGCCACUUAAUCGCCAUUUAUAAAACGCUCUUGGGCAUGAAAACCUUUAAAGUGAUACAGUAUGCGAAGAAAAGUAUUUUCAUCAUUUAUGAUGCUUCUACAGGUUUAUUAGAUGAUAUUUUUUGGACCGUAAUACCGAUUCUUCAGGGAAGAAUGUUGCGAAGGUUUUUGAAUACAUUAAUUGAGACAUCAUUGCAGCCCUAUCAACAGGAUUAUUUAGUUUAUCCAAGCCCUUUUGUUCAAAAAGAACUUUCCUGUUUUAACUGGUUGACAUCUGCUGCCCCAUGUUUUCCCAUAAAAGCACAAAACAUCACUAUUUUAAACGAGCCACAACAGUUUUACAACUGUUUAGUGGAAAAUUGUACUGAAGCAAAAAGCAGAAUAAUAUUGGCAAGUCUUUAUCUAGGAAAUGGAGCGUUGGAACAAAGUCUGGUUGACACAGUAAUGAGUAAUAAAAAUUUUAUAAAUGGUAAUUUAAAAUUAAGUGUUUUACUGGAUUAUACACGUGGAAGUAGGUACCAAAACAAUUCAAGAGCUAUGCUUAAACCUUUGCUAGAGAAAAAUGAAAACAACUGUCACAUUUGCUUGUAUCACACUCCAGUACUCAGAGGACUAACUAAAACAUUGGUUCCAAAUAGAUGGAAUGAAAUUUUUGGCUUACAACAUAUGAAAUUGUAUAUUUUUGAUGAUACCCUCAUAAUAAGUGGAGCAAAUUUAUCUAAUGAUUACUUUACCAAUCGACAAGAUAGAUACUAUGUGAUUAAAGACAAAAAUUUGACUGACUUUUACAGUGGUUUAGUCAACAGCGUGCAAAGCUUUAGUUUAAGAAUGGACAAACAUGAUAAUUUGUCUUUGAAUAAAGGAUGGGACCAUUUGCCCUAUAAAGGAGACAAGAUGGUGUUUGUUGAUAAAGCUGCCCAUAUAAUUGAAAAAUAUUUACUAGAUGUUAAAGAUGGGCUUAAUACACACAAAUGUGAUGGGUAUGAUACAUGGAUCUUUCCCUUAGUACAAAUGGGACAAUUAGGGAUAGAGCAAGACGCAUACGUUACGAAGAGGAUCAUAGCUGAAGCACCGAAAAAUUCAAAAAUCUUUAUGGCUACAGGAUACUUUAAUUUAACUCGGGACUACAUGGACACCUUAGUAAGAAAUUCGUCGGCAGAAUGUCAUCUUCUUAUGGCACACCCUUGUGCUAAUGGUUUUCAUGGGGCUACAGGAGCUGCAGGGGGUAUACCAGACGCAUACAGUCUUAUAGCCAAAAGAUUUACGGAAAAAGUUGAAAAAUUUAAGCAAGGCUACAGGAUAAAAAUGUAUGAAUAUUUGAAGGAAGGUUGGACAUAUCAUGCCAAGGGUUUAUGGUAUUAUCCCCCAGGAAACAAUCGUCCUUCUUUAACAUUAAUUGGGUCGCCAAAUUUUGGAGAAAGAUCUGUAAAACGGGAUUUGGAGACACAAUUGGCAAUUGUUACGGAGAACAAUGAUUUUCGGGAACGUUUACACAAUGAAUGUACUAGAUUAUAUAAAGCCAGUUUACCCGCAGAUUUAAAUAGAAUAAUUCCGAAGUGGAUUCACGCUGCAGUUUAUUUUUUUAGAAGUUACUUUUAAGAGAAAAUAGGAAAUUAAUAUUGUUUAUGGCUUUUUUCACGGAAAAUGUUAUA